AUGUUGCUGCCUCUCUUCGCUCUUUUCUUCCUCCCCUUCUGUUUUGCUGCUUCCGCAGAUGCAGAGCACACAAAGCUCGUGAAGCUUGCUGCUGCCAACAACGGCGUCGUUCGCCUCGAUGAGAACAUCUACAACAUCAUCACCAGUCCCAAGCGAACCUGGUCUGCUUCCAUUCAGUUUACCGCGCUGGACAAGAAGCGCAGAUGCUCUCCAUGCAAGGAUUUCGACCCCUCAUUCAGUGCUGUCGCCAAGGCAUGGUCCACCGUUCCUGCCUCGGAGCGGGACAGCCACUUUUUCGCGACCAUAGACUUCGAUGAGGCCAUGCCAGUGUUCCAACAGCUCGGUAUUCAAUCUGCACCCAUUGUCCAAGUUUACCCCGCAGCAGAUGGCUCUCGUCGACCUGCCAGUGGACGAAUCUCCCCUACACUUUUGGACUUUAGCCAGGGAUUUGAUGCUGCACCUCUUGCCGAACAACUCUCGGCAUAUACGCCCGUACCGAUCCCAUACAAGGCCCCCAUCGACUUUGCACGCAUCGGUUCAUACCUGCUCAUUGUCCUGGCCUCCGCUGUGACUCUCCGUUUCAUCUACCCCGUUCUUCAAUCUCGUUGGACUUGGGCCGCGAUUACAGUGAUCACGUCGCUUGUCAUGACUUCGGGCUUCAUGUUCGUUCGCAUCCGUGGCAUGCCUCACAGUGGCCCAGGCGGGCAGUGGGUCGCGCAAGGUUUCCAGUCUCAAUUUGGUCAGGAAGUACAAGUUGUGUUUAUGAUUUAUGGAACGCUUUCGGCCGGUUUCCUCAUGCUCACUUUGAUUGUGCCCAAUCAAAAGAAUCCUCAGAGACAACGAAUGCAGGUCUAUCUGUGGUGUGGUGUUAUCUUCGUAAUGUACUCUGUCCUUGUUUCUCUAUUCAGGGAGAAGAACAGAAACUAUCCCUUCAAGUUACUGUUGUAG